AGAAAGAAUGAAUGAAGGGGACCCACGAAAGUUGACAUUCGAUCUCACUUCCUAAAGAAUUUGAGAAUAUCCGAUAAUGCCAACGAGUUUGGAGUUUAGCAGCAAACUUAGAGUAGCAUCAAAAAUUUCAAUUUGCAGAGCUUGUUGAGAUCGAUUGAGAAAUGUUUGGGUGCAAAUGUUUCUACUGGAACAAAAUGGACCAAUUGGUGCCUUCAGAGCCUGAAGCCUUCUCGCUUCCAGCCCCUCUUCCUCAAUGGCCUCAAGGUCAAGGAUUUGCUUCUGGAAAAAUAAAUCUUGGGGAACUCGAAGUCAUUAAAAUCUCAAGAUUUAAGUUCAUCUGGUGCAGCAACUUAGAGGACAAGAAAAAAGGUGUCACGUUUUAUAAACCAGUUGGAAUACCUGAUGGAUAUUAUAGCUUUGGGCACUACUGUCAAUCUAAUGACCAGCCUUUAAGAGGUUUUGUUCUUGUUGCUCGAGAAAUGCGUUCUGAAUCGGAAGCUUCUGAUUUCUCUACCUGUGUUACCUCACCCGCCCUUAGGGAGCCUCUUGAUUAUUCUUUAGUUUGGAGUUCGAAUGAUGGGAGUGAGGAAAGUCUUGAAGGCUGUGGUUUCUUCUGGUUGCCUCAGCCUCCUAAGGGUUAUAAAUCCAUGGGUUAUUUGGUCACUAACUCUUCUAAAAAACCCAAAUUAGAUAAAGUGAGAUGUGUUAGAGCUGACCUGACAGAUAGAUGUGAAAAUUUUCGAGUUAUACUUAAUUCCAAUACCAGAUUUUCAGAAGUUCCGUUUCAAGUUUGGAGCACAAGACCUUCUCAUCGAGGGAUGCUGGGGAGAGGCGUUUAUGUGGGGAGUUUUAUUUGCAAUAGCUAUUGGAAUCCUGGACAAGAACUGCCUAUCGCAUGCUUGAAGAAUUUAGAUCCAGCGCUACAGGCAAUGCCAAACUGUGAUCAGAUUCAUGCCCUGACAAACCACUAUGGACCUACUGUCUUCUUUCAUCCUGACGAGAUCUACUUUCCUUCUUCUGUUUCAUGGUUUUUCAAGAAUGGAGCACUUCUGUUCAAAGAAGGGGACUUGGUAGGUGAGCCAAUUGAUGUUAGUGGCUCAAAUCUACCAAGUGGCGGAAGAAAUGAUGGGGAAUUUUGGAUAGACUUACCAAGUGGUGAUCGGAAAAAUAGUAUCAAACUAGGAAAUUUGGAAAGUGCUAAACUUUAUGUACAUGUGAAGCCAGCAGCUGGUGGGACUUUCACUGAUAUUGCUAUGUGGAUUUUCUUCCCCUUUAAUGGGCCUGCAACUCUUCAGGUUGGUAUUUUGAAUAUUGCACUUAACAAGAUUGGACAGCAUGUGGGUGAUUGGGAACAUUUUACUCUCCGUAUAUGCAACUUUACAGGAGAGCUAUGGAGCAUAUACUUCUCCCAGCACAGUGGUGGUGUAUGGGUGAAUGCUUAUGAUUUGGAGUACAUACAAGGGAAUAAAGCGGUUGUUUACUCAUCAAAACGUGGACAUGCCAACUUUCCUCACCCUGGGAAUUACAUUCAGGGUUCUGCAAAACUAGGAAUUGGGAUUAGAAACGACGCUGCUAUUAGUAAUUUCUACGUAAAUUCUAGUACUCAUUUCGAACUUGUUGCAGCUGAGUAUCUGGGAGAUGGGGUUGUUACUGAGCCUGCUUGGUUGCAGUUUAUGAGAGAAUGGGGUCCAACUAUUGUCUAUGAUUCUAGAACUAAACUGGAUAAAAUUAUUAACAUUUUGCCCGUGAUGCUCCGAUAUUCGGUGGAGAACAUUUUCGAUAAGCUUCCGGUUGAGCUGUAUGGAGAGGAAGGCCCUACCGGCCCUAAGGAGAAGAAUAAUUGGGUAGGCGAUGAAAGAGGCUAGUUUUGUGGUAGUUUCGGAUCUCAAUGGAGUGUUGUUUUUUUCAUCUGCGACUAAUAAU